AUGGUGAACAAAAAUGGAACAUCAGCAGCAGCGUCACUGAAAUCUGCGGAAGUAAGUGACGGUGAAGAUGAACAGCCGCUGGUACCGAACAAAGUGCAAACUCGAUCGGCGACAAUGGUAAAAGUCGACGGUCAAAACUGCGAUUCUGUGAUCCGGGAAUAUGACCGACUGGUACUGGGCAUCGAUCCAAAUAACGCUCUUCGGAAGACCAAGUUUGUUCUUAUGGGUGAGAUGUCGGAUUAUUUGAUCAAUGAAAUACUGGAUGAUGCUGACUAUUUGUUGGUAUGCGAUUCAAAAUCAACAGAAGCAAAUCGUCGCCGUGCAGAAGCCUGGAAAGCGUUGUUGAACAAAUUUGAACGCAAAUAUCCUGGAUGUAAUAUAACACCAGAUAUGGCACGACGACACUUUCAUUACCAUCGUAAACGAAUUCAGGCACUAGUUCAAACUUAUGAAGAGCAUCAAAAAAAGAAAUCUGGAAAUCGAAUGGAAGAUCCUCGGUCAAAAUUUACUGCGACAGAAUCUGCUGUGUACAAUUACAUGAUCAAAUCCGGAUCUGAGCCAACCCCUAGUGGUCGUUUUAAGGCAUGUAGAACCAAGAAUGAUAGCUUUUCUGGUGUUACUUCUGAAAGCAUUCCCGAAAAUUUGUCUGUAGUUGCUGAAGCAGCAACCAGUUCAACGCUGAAUGAUGAAGGUGUUGAUGGGCGGGAACGUCAGCCGACUAUGACACCUACCUUUACCCUCAGACUUUUGGAGGAAGUCAAAAAGAGCAGAGGAAUUUUGAAAUGCGCUAAUAACCGAGGAGAGUCAAGGAGGAGGAAACGAAUUGAGUGGCAACGGAUUAGUGAAGAACUGAAUUCACAGUUUGGUACUGCAUAUACUGUUAUGCAGAUAUAUAAGAAAGUGGAAAAUGUUAAGGGGAAGGUAAAGCAGAAGUUGGAAGCCAUGAAAAGUUUGCGCGACGACCGAGUUGCAACGUUGGAAAAUUUCACCGCUCCUGAACAGUUUUUUAUGGAAAAUAUGAUGGAUGGGUUAGAUUUUGAAGCGAGUUCUCAGAUGGAUGAAGAAGCUGAGGAUGACCAAAACCAUGAUAUCUUGUCACAGUUUGGUAUUGGCUCAAGAGUUGAUCUCAGUGGUCCUCCAGUUCCUCAGAUUAAGGUUGAGAGUGAAGAAGCGUUCCUUCCAGCUAAUCUGUUUGCAAUUGCUUCAUCUUCGGAUGCUUCACCAUCUAGCUCUACAAAGCGAGUUUUUUCAAACGCUUCGGUUGCAGAGAUGGGCUUGGUUAUUGACCCGUUGUCAGAUCAUAUUAGGACAAAAAAAGCUAGGUUGUCUCCUGUUGAGUCUCUAUCCAACGAAUCUCCUAUUCCGAUAAAUCUUUUGUUACCGAUGGUGACGUCAGACCACUCGAAGCCGAACUCACAAACUUCUUCUGGUCCAACGCUGUCAUUUAGAGAGGAAUUGGUCUCUUGUUUAUCCCAGAUUCCAACAGAGAGGAUGCAGGAAAUCCACCGAAUUGUUAAACACGAGAUUGAUACAGCGUAUGCUCAGCAGAUUGCCGACGAGAUACUCAACAGGAAGCUGAUGUUUAGCCAUCCGGCGAGUAAAUUCAUAUCAUGCACUAAAGAAAGGAGGAUGAUGGAUAGGAACAGAGAAUCUGAGAAGAUAAAACACACACUUUUCAAAUUAGGUUUGAUUAUUUAG